GUCCUUGGUGAAAGACAAGGGGCUUGGAGUUGUUAACUGCAGCCUGCUACAGGUGCUCAACAAGGAUGGCAUGCCUUUUCGCAGUCUCUGCGAGAUGGCAGGCGCUGUGGCCGAUCUUCUGGUCCACCAAGGGCCGGCAAGCUUCCAGCAAGUUGUGCAGCUGGUGGGUGCUGCUGUGGGCCACGGGGUCAGCAAUGGGGUCUAUGCGGCUGAGAUUGUUCGAGACCUCAU